CCCGCGGGCACGUUAUGUAAGCGCGCAGCCGCGGCCGGCAUUUAAACAGUGAGGCUGCAAGGCUUCGGCUGGAAACUUUCUCCUCUGAAAGUCUGCGUGUCUCCAUCCGGAUCCUGCGCAGCUUAGGAAACAGGCCAUGUCCUCUUACGGCAACAGCGUGCGUGUCACGGAGGCGAGGAGGGUGGCAAUUUUCGGGGGAACGCACGGGAACGAGAUGUCCGGCGUGACGCUCGUUAACCUGUGGGUGAAGAACAGCGCCGAGAUACAGAGGAAACGGGUCGAGACCAAGCCGUUCAUCACCAACCCGAAGGCCGUGGAGAAGUGCAGCCGAUACGUGGACACCGACCUGAACCGAGCCUUCACCCCGGAGAACCUCAGCGCCCCGGGAGGAGACGAGCUGCCCUACGAGGUGCAGCGCGCCCAGGAGAUCAACAGGAUAUUUGGGCCCAAAGGAAGCCCGGAGGCCUACGAUGUCAUCUUUGACCUCCACAACACCACGUCCAACAUGGGCUGCACCCUGAUCCUGGAGAGCUCCAAAGACCACUUUAACCUGCAGAUGAUGAACUACAUCAAGAAAGCCAUCGCUCCAGCCAGCUGUCUCGUUCUGCUGAAUGAACAUCCUCUUUUGAAAUAUUCCACCUCGCGCUCCGUCGCCAAGCACCCCGUCGGUUUGGAAGUGGGUCCUCAGCCUCAAGGGGUCCUGAGGAGCAACAUCUUUGAAGCCAUGAGGGUGAUCCUGAAACACGCGCUGGACUUCAUCGAACUGUUUAAUGAAGGAAUGGAGUUCCCUAACUGCACAGUGGAAGUUUUCCGCGUCUUGGACCGGAUCGACUACCCCCGAGAUGCCAACGGAAACAUCAUUGCCAUGGUGCAUCCCAAUCUGCAGGACUGUGACUGGGAGCCGCUGAACCCCGGUGACCCUAUGUUCCAAUCGUUUGAUGGGAAGACCAUCCGCUACCAAGGCCUGGGCACCGUCUACCCCACUUUCAUCAAUGAGGCGGCCUAUUAUGAAAAACAACAGGCCUUUGUAACCACCAGACGAGAAGCCCUGGUGGCAAGCGCCAUCAGAAAAGUAUAAAAACUGGUUGCCGUUAGCCGCAGCAAUGACCUGUGUUUAGAUUUUGCACUUUGUUCUGUUAGCAAAUGACAGACUUUCCCCUCUCGCAAUGACUAGAUUUUCUCUUUUUUACACACUCAUUUAGUUUGCCAAACAUUUACUUUCAAAGAAUCUAUUAACUAUGCAAAAAAUGUGUGUGCAAGGUUUUCAAAGAGUCACUGUGAAAGUCUUGGAUCUGAAGAAGUAUACUGCUGUGGUAGCUAUUUAUGAUACCGUUAUUUAAGUACACAUAUAUAUGGAUUUACAUUAAAUCAACUAAGUUUUUUUGUAUAAUAUUAAAGGCCAGGCCUGAUCAUUGGUGGCUUAUGAAUCAUUAACUAUCGCUCUUUAAGUUUCUUACUACUGCCCAGGACCAUAACCUGCUACAUUUGACCCAAAACUGUAGUUGUGAGUCCUCUUACACACACACAUAAAUAUCAAUAUAUAAAUAUAUAUAUGUUUGUGUGUAAAUAUGUGUUUGUGUGUGUAACGUCUUUGGGUGAGGGUUUGUGGCCUUUGAUACUGCCUACCUGUAACUCCAGUGGUUGCAUCUGUGGUGCUGUCCUAUCCUUUGCCUUAAUAGAGAUUUCAGACAACAACAACAAAAGACUUUCACAACCAAUUUCAUUGGAAUUUGUAGAUUAUACGUGUCGGAUGACAAGAUACUAUUUUGAUAAGAAAUUGCAUACGUUCUGUUCACAUAAACAACUGGGAUGCAGUUUGAACCGUGUUUUAUAAUGAUAUACCUGUCUAUUUUGAUAUGAUUGUCCUUUUACGUUUAAAGUGAUAUAUAUAUAGUACCUUGAUCUUUGAAAACAUAUGUGCGUUUUAAUGUUUUACGUCUUUGUUGUGUCAAAGUGUAUCAAUGUGGUCUCACAGAAACUGCUUCAAUUAGCAAUAUUUUGGUUGUAACAUUCAUAUUAGUAACGUCUGCUGUCCUUGACGUCCUGUGGAAAUGAUCCAAUCAAUAAAUGUAGUACUGCGCCACUC